AUGAGAUUCAACGCCAUUUACUUUCAAGUGCAGCUUCUGCUCAAACAACCUGCAGUAAGACUUCUUAUCGUGGCAAGCUUCAUAUACCUUGUCGCCUUCCAGUACUGUCGAAUUCAUUUUUGGCGCGAUCCACACUCGGCAUUCUUCGACGACCGAGACGUCUACGAUUGGAAGUACAGUUUGUUACGCGAGCACCAAGCCAACCACUUCCUCUCGAUCUAUGAUGCACCAUCCGGAGGCAGCGAUGUUGUUUCAAGCGAAGGAGACCCACUGGUGUGCGCGGCACUAGCUACCGUCAGACGCAACAAAGACGACUAUCUUGGAGCAACGAUAGGCUCUAUGUUAAGCGACCUUGAUCCUCGCGAACGCCGAGCUCUCCAUUUGUCAAUAUUAUUUGCAAACACUGAUCCUACCCAGCAUCCAAGAUGGGGUCAAAGAUGGCUGGACCGUCUCGCAGAUUCGGUAUCAACGUACAAUGUCUCAGCAGAGGAGUUUGGCCGUCUUCAGAUGUUAGAAGAGACGGGCAACUUCCACGAAAAGGGUGUCUAUGACUACGUUUAUCUACUCAACCAAUGCCUCGAGACGGAGGCCCCGUAUAUCUUCAUUCUCGAAGACGACGUGAUGUUCGCCGAUGGGUGGCUAGUCAAAACCCUGAACAGUCUUUAUAAACUGUCGCAUGGCCCAACCGAUCGCCAAGAAUCAUGGAUCUACCUGCGCCUCUUCUUUACCGAGACUGCGCUCGCAUGGUCUGAUUCGGACUUUUGGUACCGCAAUAUGCCACUGGCCUUCGGUCUGGCGAUUGGGUCCACAUACGCUUUCCUGCUGAUGAUCCGACGGCACAUACCUACUCGCUACACCUUCGGAUAUUGGACUAUUGGUGCCAUGUGCUUGAUAGUCACUCCUGCUUUCACCGCACUUCUGUAUAUGAUCGGAAAGUACUCUCUUUUUCCGCUACAGGGCAUAGUGGAAAUGAACGACCGUGGGUGUUGUACACAAGGACUAGUGUUUCCUCGUGAGCAGGUACCAGCUUUGGUGGCCCACUUAGAAGAGAAGAAGGCUGGACAGACAGAUACCAUCAUUGAGGAAUAUGCCAGUGAAAAGAAUUUGAUGAGGUACGCACUUGCACCUCAGCAAUUACAACAUGUGGGGCUGCAAUCUAGUCGCAACAAUCUUGAAAUCCACACCAAAAGCACAUGGGCCUUCUGGUUCGAGGAAAAUGAUGCAUCGGAUUUGAAGAAUGAGCAUGAGCGACUUUUAGCCGCAAGCGAUGAUGAAUGGCGCCUGAUUUAG